AUGGAAUUCAAAAAUAACCCUAUUGUACCUUCAACUGAUGAUUCACCAAUGUUACAUAUGAUCAAUUCAUCAUUCAAAGAUAAACUAAUUAAAGAACGUCUAGCAAGUUAUUCGAAGGCAUAUGAUAAUGCGCCACGUGAAUAUAAUGCAUUGAAGCCAUUAGAUCAAGAUCAAGCAAAUGGGUUUUCUGCCAUAUCAAAAUUACUUAUAACGCUUCGUCAACAAAUGGUACCUUAUCCAAAUGACUAUUUUCAAGGUCGAGGUAUUGUUCUCACUGUUGGCAAAUCUCAAUUACAAUUUGCGGAAGUCAAUUUAAAAAUGAUCGAAGUUAGUGGUACUCAGUUGGAUGUUCAGAUAUGGUAUUCAUCCACUCAAAUCUCAGAGAAAAACAUGAUCAAAUUGUUUGAUAAAGCACCUAAAGUCAAAUUAAGUAUAUGUUGCUUUGUCGAAGCUCAAUGCAGAACUCGUACAAAAACCUGGCAGCUUGACUCUAAUCGUGUCUACAGGCCUCUUAUAGGCCGUAUGAAGAAACAUUUUCCUUAUAAACCAGCAGCGAUUGUUAGCGCAACUUUUGCUGAAGUCCUAUUUCUUGAUUCUGAUGCCUAUGUUGUACGAGAUCCGGAAGAACUUUUUAUUUCUGAUCCAAUGUAUCUUAAAUUUGGUGCCCUUUUCUUUCCUGAUGCUUACACAAGUCGACAACAUCCAGUUGUAUGGAAGUUAUUGAAUACAACUUGUGGUGAACAUGAAUAUGAAUUGGAUAGUGCUACAAUAUUAGUUGACAAAAAGCGUGUAUGGGACGGACUUUAUAUGACAAAAUUAAUGAAUGAUCAUCAUAAAUUAUUCUAUGAAUAUGUAACCGAUGGAGAUAAAGAUACAUUUCGAUUAGGUUUUCGUUAUAUGGAUGUAAAAUACUACAUAGUAAUGAUACCAUGUGCUACUGGUUCGUUUAGCAAUCUUCAUUUUUGUGGUUGGACUCUUUGUAAGACAGAUAGUCUUGCACAACAUAUUUAUAUUAAUCAUGUUCAUUUGUUCAAACAUGAAGGCCUCCGUUAUAAUCGAAAUAAUUUAGGCUAUACUCGUAUUGGCCUUGGCGAUCCCAAUAAUAAUUCGUUUAUUUUUUCUCAUUGUCGAUAUCGAACAUUUUCUACAACUUGUUUUCGUAUUGUAGAAAAUCCGAAUCCUGAAAUUAAUCAAGACAAGUGUCAUAAAGAUCAAUUCAAAUCAAAAGACAUUGAAUAUCAUAAAUAUACGCUAAAUGAGUCUCUUUUAUUUGAAGAAUCAAGAAAUAAUCGAAUAAUAAUGAAAGAUCUAUCUAACAGUGACAGCUUUAUAAUAGAAUCAGAAGAUACUCUCGAUCUCUUUGAUGAUGAAAAUUCCGAUUCGGAUUAUGAUAAUGAAACUGAAGAUGAAGAAAAUCAAAAAGUACUUGAAAAUCAUCAAUUUACUUUAGAAUAUAUGGAAAAAGUUAUUAAUUUUGCACGUUCAGAUAUUUCCUUCACAACAGUACAACAUGUAUAUCCGCAACGACAAAAACUAAGACGAAUUGGAACUAUUGUAUUUGAAAGAUUUCGACGUGCUCGUGAAAAACAUUUACCUGUACAUGAGAUCGACAUUCAACGUUGGGAAUUGCGUGAGGCAAAAUUGUACAAUUUAUGUGACUGUUUUGCAAGUCAUCAUUGGCUUCUCAAUUUUAAGAAAAGUCAUGGUAUUUCCUCCAGAAAGGUGACAAAAUUUGUUUCAUGCCGGAAAACGGUUGAUAAAACGUCAAUUACAAUAGUCGCUGAUGAAUUUGUUGACAAAGUAUCCAAAUGUAUUCCGAAAUAUAAGUUGAAUGAUGUAUUAAAUGCAGAUCAAUCCAGUUUUCAUUAUGAGAUGACUUCGAAUCGAACAUUAUCUUAUGUAGGAGAGAAAGCCACUUAUGUGUCAGUUAUUUCUGUUAACGCUACGACUCAUUCUUACACAGUAAUACCAAUCAUCGAUGCUGUUGGUUAA